UCACAAGGAGGGUGGCAGGGGGCACUCACUAAACAACACACACCAGACAGCACUUUCAGAGAGAGAGAGAGAGAGACAGAGAGGUAGAAAGAGAGAGAGAGUGCAAGGGAGAAAUCUGCCUCGAACAGAACAUUGAGUCUAAACUGAUUGCAUGAAAGUUGGACCUUUAAUGAACUUAGAUAUUGAGCGAUCAAUCCAAUAACCUUGGAGAGGAAGAGUCUGAUUUGACUUUAUGUUUCAGAGGAAGUUGGACUGACAAACACAGAAAGUCCACGGAACCAUGGACGAUGUAUCACUCCGCCAGGACGAUUCUGGGAAAGACGUAACAGCCAACCAGACGGAGGACAACAAAAACAACCAGACAGAGAGAGAGGCUUCAGUGCAGGAGUGUGACCCCCCUAAGAGAGACCACCUGGCGGAGGACACAGUGGAAGGUCAUGUGGUUAAGUCUGGGGCUAAUACGGGGAAAGCGCCGGACCAGGCAGCAGGGGCUAGCGUUGGAAAUGUAGAGGAGUCUCAGCCAGUAACCGACGCCAUUGAGGUUAAUGGUGAAGAGGCUUGUAAGGGUGAGGGAACAUCUCAAGGUGCAGACACCGGAGAAACAGAAGACUCCAAAGUGGUGAACGGAGAGAAGAAGGGGGAGGGAGAGAUGGAGGCGGACAAGAAUAGAAAGGGUCAAGAGGUGGUCAAGAAUGGAGAGAUUGAGAAAGAGGAUGUGAAGGAGGACAAAGAGAAGGGGGGAGAAAAUAUUGCCAGGAAAAAGGGGAAGGGGGAAAAGAUAGGAGAGGGAAAAACAGAAGAGAAGAUAAAAGGAGAUAAAGGGAAAGACAGAAAAGGAGAGGCGGGGAAGGGAGAGGGAGAGAACGUAGAGGCAGGGAACGUAGAGGCAGGGAAGGGAGAGGCGGAGAAGGGAGAGGCGGGGAAGGGAGAGGGAGGGAAGGGAGAGGGAGAGGGAGAUGGAGAGGGAGAGGGAGGGAAGGCACCGGAGAACAAGAGCAAACCAGUAAAAGAAAAGGAAGGGGCAGGAGGGGGAAAGGUUAAAGAGAAAAGCAAGGAGGUGGAGAAGCAAGGAAAGACCAAAAGAAAGAGUGGUGUGAAUCACACCGCCUCUACCCCAUCCUCUGUGGCCCGACCCCGGAGCUCUGCCCGCUCUGCCCGGCCUUCCACUAAAAAGGACAUCAUAGCAAAGUUCCAGAAAAAUGACUCUGAGACACCGGUUGUCUGCAACUUCAAACUUCAGAGAUCAUCUAUGGCUGUGGCAAACGGGGGGUCAAUCAAACAGAAAGUGCUUUCCUGGUGUCAAAACAAAACACGCAAGUACGAGGGUGUUACCAUAGAGAACUUCUCAUCAUCGUGGUGUGAUGGGCUGGCGUUCUGUGCACUCAUCCAUCGCUUCUUCCCGGACGCUUUCGACUUCUCAGCCCUGAGCUCAUCUGAGAGAGAGAAGAAUUUCACUCUGGCCUUCAACACAGCAGAGUACAAGGCUGUGUUUGUGACCAUGGCUGACUGCUGCCCCCUGUUGGAGGUUGGUGAUAUGAUCCUGAUGGGGAACAGCCCGGACCCUAUGUGUGUGUUCACCUAUGUCCAGGCACUCUGCCAUCACCUCUCCAAAAUAGAGAAGGAGAGGAAGGACAAGGAAGAGGAGGAGAAGAAGAGUGAAAAGAUGAAAGACGAAGAGGUAGAAACCACUGCAGAGAAGAAAGAGGAGGAGAGUGAGGAAACUGGGAAGAUAGAUGGUCAACAAGAGGAGGGAGAUGAGGGAAGGGAGAACAAAGUAAAAGGCGGGAAAGAGAAUGAGAGUGAGGAGAGCUCAGCGGUAGAGAGAGAGCAAGAGGGAAGAGAAGUUAGAGGGUUAAUUGAAGCACAGGCUUAAGCUAAUGCUAAAGACAUGGAAAAAAGAUUCAAAUAAGCCACAUGAUGAAGUAUAGUUUUACAGUUUGGAACACGACAAGUGUUUAGCAUGUAUGAGCAUAAUUUCUUAAAGAGUGACACAUUACUACUGUAUAUUCAAAAGCUGGCUUUGUUAAGGUUUGGGAUUAUACUCAGAUUCCAACAAUGUGUGUAAAUUGUAACCUGUUGUGACUUUUUAAACCAUAUCUAACACAUGCUGUGUUCUUUCCAAUUUCAUUAUCAUGUCUGUUGUGGAAGUUUGUGCACAGAAAAAUAAAAUGUCAAUGUAUAUUAAAAUGAAUUAUUUUGAUUUAUUUUUCAGAAAGACAACCUAUGUAUGUUUUUAUUAUGGGUAAAGUUAUUAAGUACGGCUGCACUGCAGCCCAAAUAAGGAUUCAAAAGGCUAUUGGGUUCAUGAUGAUCUAUCUUGAAUAAAAAAUAUUUUUAAAAUGA